AUUAAGGAAGUUGAGCUGGUCUGGAAUCCCUAAGCCGGUUCGUCCAAUGACCUGGAAGCUGCUCUCAGGUUACCUUCCUGCCAAUGUGGACCAAAGACCAGCCACUCUCCAGAGAAAACAGAAAGAAUAUUUUGCUUUUAUUGAGCACUAUUACGACUCUCGGAAUGAUGGUGUUCACCAGGACACCUACAGGCAGAUCCAUAUAGACAUCCCUCGAAUGAGUCCAGAAGCAUUAAUACUUCAACCCAAAGUGACAGAGAUUUUUGAAAGGAUAUUGUUUAUAUGGGCGAUACGUCACCCUGCCAGUGGAUAUGUUCAGGGGAUUAAUGAUCUUGUCACUCCUUUCUUUGUAGUCUUCAUGUGCGAACACAUAGGAGCAGGAUCUGUGGACUCCAGGGGUUAUGUGAGAAACCUCAGAAGCCUCCCUUGUCCGUGGUUCCCUCUUCUGUCCCGGUGCUCCGUUCCUUCCUAAGGCCUUGUCACCCGGACCAGAGCAGUGAAUCUGGAACCUCGUCCAAAUGGAGACCCGGAGGCUGCAACAAGGAGGGUCUUGGCCUUGGUCCCCAGACUAGUGGUCAGUGCUCUGCCACGUUCUGCGUUCCCAGGUCCUCAGCCCCCCAAGUCCCCAGUCUGUCCCCUGCGCCGAAGGACCUCGAGGGAGUACAAAGCAUUUUCCAAGGACUG